AUGUCGACUCCAAAACCGAUUUUGAAUGUGGAAAGUUUAGCUCUUACGAAUAAAAAAAUCGGCGAGCUAAAGAAGAAGGUUACUCUAGCCGAGGGUCAAAAGAAGGCCUACACUGAAGAAUGGGCCGAUUCAAAAAAGAUACAGAACGAGAAGAUAACCGAACUGAAAAAGGAGGUACGAGAUUUGACCAACAAGUUGUCCUACUUGCACAACCCCAACAGUGCCAAGGCGCAAAAAAACGUACAGGAGAUUAAGCGUCGCGUACAGCUUCCGCCUGGUGCAAAGACUGUCCAAGACGCCGUGGAAGUUAUUGAUCUAAAAGUCAUUGACGUUAACAAGCAGGUAGAUGCGGCCGAUGCGAAGUACCGGAAGCGAGAACAAUGCUACAAAAAACUCCUCGAUCAAUACCAUGCCUUAAUGGCUUACAAGAGCUCAAAUGCAGAUGGCUUAAAUCCCCCGGAAACCGUCGAAGAGGACGCCAAUCGAAAGCUGAUCACACACCUUGAAAAUGAAAUUCAUCGAACCUCGGUUCAGUGGAUGGAAGCGGAGCAUAUUCGAAAGAAAUAUCGUGGCAUCAAAUCCUCACUGAUGAGAGAUGCCGAAAAGUUCGAAAGCUCCCUGCUGGAUCUGGAGGUGGCCAUCACGGAGCAGCAAGCGGAAAUCACGAAACUGGAAGCCGUACACAAGGAAGCGAUGCAAAUGAGAGAUAACACAAAGGCGAUCCUGCAGCGACAGGAACAGACAACGAUUUAUGCCAACAAGGCGAGGGAAAAGCAGGCGCAAGAUUUCCGCCGACAGGUCGAGGAACGCAAGCUGGAACUGGAACGACUGGAGAGGAAAAUCUUUUCCUCCGGUAAGACGUUGAUUCAUCAGGAGAGCGUGUUGUCCGCCACAGGGGAGCAUGGCGGUGGUAAGGGUGAUCUGGAAGACGGCGGAGGUCACGACAAAGACUCCGCUACCGAUAUGGAGCAUAAGUUUAAGAAGCUGAUGCAGGCAAUAGGUGUUAGUGCAGCGAGCGAAGUCGUUGAUAGGUUUUUGGCACAACGGGAAGCCUCCGCUCGGCUUACGUACCUCCGUACGAUAACUGAAAACGAAAAGAAGCAACUUGAGGCCCAACGGGAAUUAAUGACCGCUCAAUUGGAUGCGUUCAAGUUUGCCGAUGUGAAGGAUAGUGAUGUAAAUCAAGAGGAGUUGGAAAAGAUUCGAAACUCAAUCGAGGAACUGAAAGCAAGCCGCGAGGAAUGUGAGAAAUCCAUUGACUAUACACGGAACGUGUUUAAUACGAUAAAGGACGCUUUGGUUGAGUUACUGCUAACGUUGCGCGAAAUAGACGAGAACAUAGGUCCGCAGUUUACUCGAUGGAUGCCUAGCCAGCCGAUGGAACAACUAGAUCUCUCAUCCGGCAACAUUUCCGUGGACGACUUGGGUAACAUGUUGGAAGAAAAGAUCAAACUCGGAAUGAUAGCCAGCGGACAGUUGGCAAAUGACGAAGACAGUGGCAUGUCGGAGGAAGAGAGUGAAGCGCUUCGACCGGCUAGUGCUUUGCUGGUGCCAGCAUCUACUCCAUCGGUUGGAACUUCCUCGGGACUGGAUGAUCGUGAAAAGCCCCCUGCAUAUCCGCCGGUGUAUAUAAACUUGAUUGCCGGCAGGACGACGGCUCAGAUUUCAUCGGCUUCACCCGGACCGGGAGCCACUGUGGUGCUCUCCGAUGACGAAGCCGAAGUGCCAUCGCGAAGUUAUCUGAAACGUCAGGCUAAUAUGAUUAUUGAAGCGAAAUCUAGACGAAAGGGCUUUCGAAUACCCCCGCCCAAAAGGCGUUAG